AUGAAUGAACAGCGUGUCCCACUUGCAAACGCCGCAUCGCUCGUCAACCCCCGCAUCAUUAUCCACGGUGGCGCAGGCAACAUAACGCGCACGUCCAUUCCUCGUGAUCGUUACGAUGAAUACCGCACGUCACUUCUCAAUAUUCUUGAUAAAGCUGAGAAACUUCUACGUAGACCAGGCUCAACAGCGCUAGACGUGGCAACGUAUGCAGUCUCACUCCUAGAGGACGACCCGUUAUACAACUCUGGCAAAGGCGCAGUCUUUACACGCGAAGGCAAGAACGAACUUGAAUGCAGCAUUAUGGUUUCAGAUGGGUACAGCAAACGAGGUGUCGGCUGCAUGCUGCUCAGGCAUGUCAGAAACCCAAUCAAGCUAGCACGACAAUUGCUCAUUCGUGGCGAGGAAGCGGAUGGCGGUGGUGCAGCCGACCAUUGUCAAUACAGCGGAGACUUCGUCGAAGGACUUGCGAAGGAAUGGGGCCUUGACAUUGUAGAUUCAGAAUACUUCUUCACACAAAAGAGAUGGGAUGAACAUCAGCGCGGACUUGCAGAUGAGAAGAAGAAGGCCGAGACGGGUAUGAGCAUGAAUGAGAUGAGCGAUUGGGAGAGAGACAACUAUAUUCCGCUUGGAACCUGUGGCGCAGUGGUCGUGGAUAGCUUUGGCACCGUUUGCACGGCAACUUCAACAGGCGGAUUGACGAACAAAGUUCCUGGGCGCAUUGGGGAUACACCGACUAUUGGCGCAGGGUUUUGGGCUGGAGAGUGGUACGACGAAAAGACCGUUAGACCGCAGAUGGUGUACCAACCUUCUGCUUCUCCUACCUCGCCGAUCGACAAACUAUCGAGAGGCGAUAUACGCGGUGUAGUAGACGAUUGUAUACCAUUCCUCGGAUCGCCCACGGUACGAGGGAAUGUGUUGUCAUCCACCAAGCCAUACGAGAAGCCCGUGUCGACACGUCACGCUGUAGGUCUCUCAGGGACCGGCAAUGGCGACUCAUUCCUUCGUACAUGCGCAGCUCGCACCACAGCUGCCAGAUCACAAUUCUCCGCAACAUCACUCUCUGAUGCGACAACGUGGAUGGCGGGACCCGACGGUCAGCUUCAACGAUCUGCUGGAAAGCGUUGGGGCGUAACCCAUGAAGGCACCGGCGGUAUCAUUGGUAUAGAGCUUGUCGGUAACAAAGUAAAUGUUGUACAAGAUUUCAAUUGCGGAGGCAUGUUCAGGGCAUGGACAGGCGAUGACGGAAGCCCAAGAUGCUUGGUGUUUAGGAAAGAAGGCUGGGAGAACGGGCCCAAGGGUUGGGGUGAUCGGCCAACUGCAAGGUAUUGA